AGAGAGCAGAGCUUUCACUGUCUCUGAGCUUCUUCGGCAUUUUUCCCCUCUUGCAGCUCAGUUUCCGGGAUACCUGCAACUUAAGGUCUAAGGUGCAAAUUGUCAUCCUGUCCAUGCACUUGACUCUAACACACCUGUGGGCCCCAGCUAAGGAAGCCUUUGACCUUGAAUAGUAAAACUGUCUCUCUGACCUUGGGGUUCACAUCCUGUCCAAGGAUGGAUGCCCUGAGACUGGCAAAUUCGGCUUUUGCUGUUGACUUGUUCAAACAACUAUGUGAAAGAGAGCCAGCAGGAAACAUUCUCUUCUCUCCAAUAUGUCUCUCCACUUCUCUGUCCCUUGCUCAGGUGGGCGCCAAAGGUGACACGGCAAAUGAGAUUGGACAGGUCCUUCAUUUUGAGAAUGUCAAAGAUGUACCCUUUGGGUUUCAAACAGUCACUUCUGACAUCAAUAAGCUCAGUUCUUUUUACUCUUUCAAGCUAGUCAAGCGUCUCUACAUAGACAAAUCUCUGAACCCUUCCACAGAAUUUAUCAGUUCUACCAAAAGACCAUAUGCAAAAGAAUUGGAAACUGUUGACUUCAAAGAUAAACUGGAAGAAACGAAAGGUCAAAUUAACAGCUCCAUUAAGGAGCUCACAGAUGGCCACUUUGAGGACAUUUUGUCAGAGAACAGUAUAAGUGACCAGACCAAAAUCCUUAUGGUUAAUGCUGCCUACUUUGUUGGAAAGUGGAUGAAGAAAUUUCCGGAAUCAGAAACAAAAGAAUGUCCAUUCAGAAUCAACAAGACAGACACCAAACCAGUACAAAUGAUGAAUCUCGAGGCCACCUUCUGCUUGGGUAACAUUGAUGACAUCAGCUGUAAGAUCAUAGAAGUUCCUUUCAUGAAUAAGCAUCUCAGUAUGCUCAUUGUGCUCCCCAAGGACGUGGAGGACGAGUCCACAGGCCUGGAGAAGAUCGAAAAACAACUCAACCCAGAAACAUUGUUACAGUGGACCAACCCCAGCACCAUGGCCAGUGCCAAAGUCAAACUCUCCCUCCCAAAGUUUAAGAUAGAAAAGAUGAUUGACCCCAAGGCUAGUCUGGAAAGCCUAGGGCUAAAAAAUCUCUUCGAUGAAAGUACAUCGGAUUUCUCUGGAAUGUCAGAGACCAAGGGAGUAUCCCUAUCAAAUGUGAUUCACAGAGUAUGCCUAGAAAUAACCGAAGAUGGCGGUGAGUCCAUUGACGUGCCGGGGUCCCGGAUCUUACAGCACAAGGAUGAAUUCAAUGCUGACCACCCUUUUAUUUAUAUCAUUAGGCACAACAAAACACGAAACAUCAUUUUCUUUGGCAAAUUCUGUUCCCCUUAGCUGGCAGGGCCUUGUCAAGUCUCAGGUAACUUGGCUGUAGCUGGGGAGCUCUGUAAACUUUGUAUCCAGACAAUCACUUUCUAUACAAUAAAUCGUGAACGUUGCUGAAUCAGGAAGCAGUUCAUAUUUGUCAUAUGUAACCUUCAUACUAACAGACGCUUUUCGCCCUAAUUCCUUCUUGUUUCCCUUUGUUAAAGAAAACGUCAAAUACUUGUGAAAGGGAAUCACUUUCUUCAUUUGUCAAAGCAUCCGGAGCUACGGACAAAAAUGUAGUCUUCAAGGGAGGAAUUGCUAUAGGGACGAUGUGGGAAACGUUAUUCUCAGGGGUUUCCAUUUACUGAGAUAAUGUUCUAGAGAUCUUCACUCCUUUCAAAUCUUAAAAAUCAAUUAGAACAUAGGGCUCACAAAGGUCCUUUUUCAAGUGAACUUGUGUACAUGUCACACUACUGUUGGGCCAGAAGUCUUCAUGUUAAACCUGAAGAAACAGUUUUUUUUUUCAAGAUCUUAAUUGGAGAUUACAGAAGGACGACAUGUUGUUACUACUAUAUAUCAUGGAACUCUACAAAUAGCAUCUGGAAUGCCACCCUAUUAACCAAUCUCUUAAUAUUUUUCCAUAUAUAUAGACUAUUCACAGAAAAUGAGUACAUACAGUUCAUAAGUGAUCAAUUUUUCUGAAAAAAAAAAGAGUAUGUUAUCAGCUCAUAGAAACACUUUGAAGAAGAUUCUAGAUCUUGGAGUGUUGGAUAAAGAAUUCUGGGCCUAUUUUAUCUGAAGACGAAGGCCCUAAGAGAAAGCUCAGCUUUUAUAAAAGCUGGCUUUCAUUUUUCUUCGGUCUCCCAUGUGGUCAUUUGGGUGAUGUUGUUGCUGGCAAGGUUUCUAAUCUGAUCACAAAGUCCCUGGCAUCUUCAGCAUCAGCAACUUAAAAUUUACAGGGAUUCUCAUGAUGAUAAGAGUUUUGUGGCCAUUGAAAGAACUUCCAUUUUUGUCUAAUGUGGCAGUAGGAAGAGGGAAGGGACCCCAAACCUUCAGAAAACACAAGCAAAACUAUUCAGGUAUCCAUAAAUCUUUGGCAUAUAUUUUUCUCAGUUUACAAACCUAGCUAUUUCAGAUAGCAGUAUGUAGUCUACACAAAUAAUUUAUAAAAUAGUUCUGGUAAGUCAGUUAUGUUGUAACCUAAUUUUUAAUUCACCACCAACAGAAAGUAUUUGCUGCAGUGUUUCUUAGUCUUUCCUUAUCCAAUUUCUUCCCAUUUUUUUUUUGUAAAUAAUGUGCUUUUUCUUCCAAAGGUUCAAUGAUGACUUCUUUUCUGUGCUAUUAACAAUAAAAUAUUAUAGAAUUA